AUGCUGUGCUACCAGUAUGGUGACCGCGUGUACAAGUACGACACCAUGGAGCGACGUGGACGACAACCAGGCUACAACAAGGACGAUUUUGAUCUCUGCAAAGUCUAUAAGAAAAGCGGUUCAGGACCCAAGAUUGGGGAAAAGUACGGCGCUCCAUUUGAGGAAGAGGAAGAGGAAAUGAAUGAUGCUAAUGGGGACGCUUACUGUUUAUCCCAUUCUUGCGCACCUGGGCCAAGCCAUGGUGGUGUGUUGAACUCUGCGGGUCAGUCCGUUAGUGAUGGCGGCAGGGUUUGCUUGAGCCUUUUGUCGGCAUAUAACGACAAUAGCUCCUCAAGUGGUAUCUGUCCUGGCAGGGCUUCUUGUCUGGAAGUUAACUGGGACAGGAUACAUAUGCAGCAGCUAGCUGAUAUUGUGGGUUGUCUCUCGACGAAUCCUGUAGGUCAAGAUGGUCCAUCGUCUGAUUCGACCACUUACCAUGACAAGGAAGCACUGUUUGAUGAUAGUGAAGCUAUAUUUGACAUAACGGACCAAGUUGUGGCUUCUUCACUGGUUAGCCUCUGCAAGCAGUGUGACUCGUGCGGCGUGCGGCUGGUUGACCCUUGGCUGGAACUGGUGGCGGGCGAACUGUACCUGGUGCUGCAUCCAGGAGUUGGUGUUGUUGAACGGCGCAUGCCAAGAGGGCCCUCCACUAGAUUUAGGAAACAUCCAUAG